AUGUCGCCAUCUACUUCCCCCGCCGGCAAGCGCAAGCGCAGCGCCUCCCACCUUCCCGCGCCCGUCCCCAAGAACGUCACAGCCGACCUCCAGCCAUCUUCACGCGACGCGUCUGGUGAAGAAGGCGGCGACGACUCAACAGGACCCAAUGCUACCUCCCACAGCACCAAUGGCACCCGCCAUCCUUCUAAGCGGGCCCGUAAGGCUGCCGCCGCCGAUGCCGCAAGCCACACCGAGGUGAACGGGGUCAAGCCGGCCACUAACAAGGAAGACCCCGGCGAGCCAUCCGAGACAACUGUCGCCAGCAGCGAUAUUGAGGGUGGCCCUCGGUCGCGCCCCGGUUUACAUAUCGAUUUGCCCGAAGCCGAAGACGAUGAGCCUGUUACAGAGGAGCAGAUGGCUCCCCCGGUCUUUGGGCGCUUGCAGGACCCCGUCGGUUAUCGCACUAAUCCUCCUCCAACGGGCCGCCCAGUACGCGUAUAUGCGGACGGUGUAUUUGAUUUGUUCCACCUUGGCCAUAUGAGACAGCUUGAGCAGGCUAAGAAGGCCUUCCCCGAUACUUAUCUGAUUGUUGGUGUUACUGGCGACGAGGAGACACACCUGCGCAAGGGUCUGACGGUGCUCAGCGGCGCCGAGCGCGCGGAGACUAUCCGUCACUGCAAGUGGGUUGACGAGGUCAUCCCCUGCUGUCCGUGGAUUGUGACACCGGAGUUCCUGUCGGAGCAUGAGAUCGACUACGUUGCUCACGACGAUCUGCCCUACGAGGCCGCUGAGGGUGAUGACAUCUACGGUCCUAUCAAGGAGCAGGGCAAGUUCCUAGUGACGCAGCGUACCGAGGGUGUCAGUACCACUGGUAUCAUCACACGGGUUGUCCGCGACUAUGACCAAUACAUUUCCCGUCAAUUCAAGCGUGGCGCCUCCCGCCAAGAACUAAACGUAUCCUGGCUGAAGAAGAACGAGCUCGAGAUCAAGCGUCAUGUCGCCGAGCUGCGUAACAACAUCCGCAACAACUGGACCAUGACCGGCCAAGAACUCGGUCGUGAAUUGCGCCAGAUCUGGCAGAACAGCCGCCCUAACAGCCCCGCGCCCAGCGGUCGCAACAGCAUGGACUGGGGUAUGCGUGGACCCCUCACCAGCCCCACUGGUGGCAGCAAGUCUCAUCUGUCGCGUGUGGGUGCGGAGCAAAACCGUGCAGAUAGCCCCAUGGGCUCGCGUCGCAAUGAGGAUUUCGCUACUGGUUACAGUCUCGGAUUGAUCGGAGGUGUGCGUGCUUGGAUGGCCCGCAGUCGCCAAUCUCUCCAGGAACCCCCCAGUGGCAUGCACAGUCCCACUGACGAAGAACUCGAGUCCGAGCACAACAACGGCUACGAGGAGGAGGAGCGUGGCCGUGCUGGUCACGUCUCUGCGAAGUAG